AUGCCAGCGCCUGUAUCGUUUCUUACUCCUGAACUAAGUCCCGCCAUAGAUGACGAUUCGGAAAUCAUUGUUUAUACAGGAUCACCAGUCUCAGAAUUACCGUGUUCACUUAGUCCCUUCUACACCCCCACUAAAGAGCCUCCCAAGCCUUCCAGUCCUUGCUCGCGGUACCAUCGGGCUAUCCCCAGGCCUAAGUCGAGUUUCCCUCAGAUAAUACCCCCGAGAAUGCUUAUCGAACCCGAACUUUGGUUUUAUGUUUUGAUGGAACAGAAUUCGAAUAUUGUGCAGUUCGUCCAUCUUCUCAAAAAAGACAACUUCGACAACCAGAUGGUGUACUAUCAAGCAGGAAUAGGAACACACUCUGAGCACUUCAUCACACCGGUUGGAGUUGCAAUAUCGAAAGCAGCUGAUAUGGCUCUUGCGCAUGGACUUCAGGAUCAUGUAACAGAUGGAUACGAGUUCUUGAUGCAAAACCAUCGCGAAGGGGAUAAGAUAUGCCUAUUUGGAUUCUCCCGAGGUGCAUACGCAGCAAGGGCACUGGCAGGCAUGCUCCACAAGGUCGGACUCCUUCCCAAGGCCAAUUACCGGCAGGUCCCAUUCGCAUAUCAUAUGUACCAACGAGACGACAAAGAAGGGUGGGAAAUGAGCAACGGGUUCAAGCAAGCUUUUUCGACUGAAGUGGAAAUUCAUUUUAUGGGUUUAUUUGAUACGGUAAACUCAGUUGGGCUUAUUCCACGCGAACUUCCAUUCGCCAAGUCCAACUAUGUUGUCCGGUACUACAGACACGCUUUGUCAUUAGAUGAGCGUCGGUCCAAAUUCAAGGACAACUUAUGGGGACGAACUUCAGAUCAAGAUGCGGCUUUGGCCGCCCCUCCUCGUGAAGACUAUGUCUCCAGGCGGAGAAGGGAGAAGCGAAUGAAGAAGAUGUCCAUGAAAGUCGAGAGACAGGGUUUGCUGAAUUAUGGGUCAACAGUAGUUGAAACUAUCGGUGAAGCUGUUGGAAAUGUCUCAGGUCGCGUUAGUGGGAUCUCCAGAGCCAUUCGAAGCAUAAGUGGCUAUAUUUCGAGCUUUAUCAACUUGAUAUCGGGGUACCCCAUACCCGCCACAGACGAAAUAGAAUCAAAAAAAUGUAGAACGUCUAAAGGGUCUGGCAUUUAUCCACCUGUCCCAAUGAGUCAAGGCGAGAAAAUGGGCCAUCGAGACAAACGUCGGCACAAGCGGGGACCGAGUGACUCGGUGGCGCACGCGAUUGGAGGAAAACGAAUAUCGCGCGCUGAAACCGAUGUCGAAGAAGUUUGGUUCGCAGGAGCACACACGGAUGUCGGUGGUGGAUCAGUCAAAAAUGGAGAACGUUAUUCCUUGGCACGGAUUUCCUUGAGGUGGAUGAUUCGUAUCUUGUUUCAUUCGAAUUUACUCGAAGACGUCGGACUCUCCCCAGAAACUUUAUGGCCUAACGUUCUCCCACGACCUCCCCCUAUAACUUCUCUAGAUCAGAUCCCCGAAGCUAGCACCAGUAUAAGUCCUUCGGCCUUGUUGCCCCGCAUACGUACCCGCUCUUAUUCAAUGAGGGAUGCAUAUCCUCCCAUCACACCUCACCUACGGCAUAGGCAAGUUACACUGAUGGAUCGACUGGAUCGCCAUCGCGCCCAACUUUCGGGGAAGGUCGAUCCGUACGAGCCAUAUUUCCCAGUGCACUGGAGCAUGGCUACAGGGCAUGAGCUGAGAGAUUAUGGUGCAGAUGCCUGGGAGCCAAGGGAGCCCUUUAUUAACGAGGAAGUGGAAGACUACAAGGAUGCACUGAGCCCAAUAUAUGACCAGCUUUCCAUAAAUUGGUGGUGGUGGAUCCUCGAAUUCCUUCCGGUAAAACAGGUAUGGAGGAAAAAGGAAAAAGGAUGGAGACGAAUAUUCGGUAUCAAUCUCGGUGGCCCACGCGUCAUCCAGAACCAAAAGCGUGACGGAGUCAACGUACAUCGUACCGUUAAGAUCCGAAUGGAGUCCAAGAUCGGUCUAGAUCAAAAGCCGUUUAGCUACACGCCAGCGGCGGCACUAAAAAGACCAUGGAUUCAGUGGCUGGAUGGAUCAGAGAAGAACAUAUCCUGA